AUGGACGGACCAAGCCAGGACUUUGGCGACCAAGCCCAGAGCUUUCAAAACAACUUUCCCCUGACAAACAACGAUGCCAUUAUCGAUCCAUUACUCGACUGCACAACGGGAGCUCAGGCAUCUCCGAUUGUUAGUAAUUCCAUGGACAACCAGCUUCUCAUGGGCUCCAACACGUGGAACCCGAUGAACAACCCCGUCACCUUCUUCCCUCCCUCCAUGCCAGCGAUGGCACCAUCAGCUGUAAACACCAGCCCAAAACUACCCAACGAAAUGCAUUCGACCCCAGAAACCCCAUCCAGUGAGCCCACAUCUGGCGGCCCAACACGGCAAUCGAGCAAAUCGUCUAUCCCUUCAAUAGAUUCAGUCAACACCGACACCAAACCUCGGCGCAGCAGCAGAGUUACCAAGACACAACGUCAACAACCAGAGGUGGAGCCUACCAACAAGCGGCGCCACAGAAGAGCAUCCAAGGAGUCAUCACUGAAGGAGGAAGAUGAGGAUGAGGAUGAGGAUGAUGGGCUGGAUGAGACGGGAAAACGCAACAAAUUCCUUAAACGUAACAGGAUCGCCGCCUCCAAAUGUCGUCAAAAGAAAAAGGUGUGGAUGAGAGAAUUGGAGGAAACCAAGCAUAAUUUGGAGACCGAGUACAAUGCCCUACAAAGCCAGUACACCGAACUCAUGGGCGAGUUGACCACCAUCAAGAAUCAACUCAUGGAUCACGCCUCUUGUAAUGAUGUCAACAUCGACCAAUGGCUUGACAACGAGGCCAGGAAAUAUGUUCAGCGUAUUGCAACGCAAGCCAGACAGCCUCCUGCAGUACUGCCACAAACUGUACCUCUUGAACCCCACAAUACGCAUCGUCGAAGCUCAAGUGGUAGGUCGAACCUUGUUCAACCAUACGAGUUCAUGACUGACCAUCAUCUAGUUGCCACCUCUAGACAGCGAUCGAUAGAAUCAGAAAUCAUCUACGACCACGCGCCGGUUAACUUUGCUGAUGCAAGGAACUGA